AUGGCCUGCUCCAUGCAUCUGGUCCUUCUUGUCGCCAUCUUGCUGAGUCUGGCAGGGACACCUGAGACUGUGCCUGUUCACAGGGGACGAGGAGGAUGGACCCUCAAUAGUGCUGGUUACCUCCUGGGCCCUGUCCUCCACCUUCCCUCAAAUGCAGACCAAGGCAGGAAGAGGGACUCGGCUCUUGAGAUCCUAGACCUGUGGAAGGCUCUCGACGGACUCCCUUAUUCCCGCUCUCCAAGGAUGACCAAGAGGAACCUGGUAGAAACGUUUAUCAGACCAAAGAAUGAAGAUCUGCACGUCCUGGACAGGAAUAUUCCCAGGGAAGCGCCCUGAAGUUGUAGAGACUUAGCCACGCCUCACCCCUCACUCUUUUCCAGCUCCUCUGGCCCUUCACCCCCUUCUCAUUGCUCUGAGACCAAGACCCUACAAAACUAUCC